CUUUCCACCGGGCCCGUGGUAUCCAUCCAUCCCCGCUUCUUCAUGUCUGUCAAUCAAUGGAUCAAUAGAAAAAAGCUUCUGGUCAAAAGGGUCGCCCUCCCAACGCCGGAUCUCAUCUCUCUCUCUCUCUCUCUCUCUCUCUCUCUCUUCCCCACCGGCUUCAUACGGCGGCACUGCCCCGGACCGGCUUAGGUAUGUCACACUGGAGUGAGCCGAACAAGCCCUCAGGCGGUCAGGCCACAGCUUGUCGGCGGCCGGAUCGAUGGGGAGGCCGGAUCUGCCCAAUCAUCAUGCCUCCAGGUCUCCACCCCUCGUGGCGGCGACCAUUCUCUUUUCCAAUCGGUGGCGGCAGCAUCGACGAUCUUGCUCGAGCUGCGCCCGAUGGGGGAGAGGAGGGACAAGAGACGGUUUUUUUUUUCCUAAUAAUUCUUCAUACCCGGCUACUAGCUUCAGGUCGAUCCCUGAACCUCUUUUCUCCUUGUUUCCGUUUAAUGUAUUGUUUAGGGUCCAUCCUAUAGGCCAUACAAUGGAUAACACCGUUCAUAUAUUCCACGAAUCGAGCAACAGAAAGUGCACUGAUGGCACGAAUUUAAUUUGGGUUGCUCUGUUUAGGGAAACCAGAAUGUUGAGCCGGACACUGCUCAUUUCUCAAAAUUGACGGUACAAUUAGAUCCACAGCACCAUUUUAGCACCACAAUGAGCUGUAUGGGCAUGUUAAGAGAGCAGGUUGUUGCUAUUAGCAGCGUGGAGUUGCAGGUGCUGACGAUGAAUCUAGGACGUAAUUCCUCAAUCUGUGGAUGCUUCGGGCUCAACGAUGGAAGCGAUUGUCACCCUCGUAUUUACAAUGAGCAAGAUAUACUUAACAGCCUUGGUGAUGGCAAUGUUAUGAGCAGCAUCAAUGGUGGCCCCUGGAGGUCGGUGAUGUACCGAGUUCACCUGCAGGACCCUUCUAGGGUGGUGGUUGUCAAGAAGUUGGAGAACAAGACUGCAAGUGCAGUGGAUGCCAGUCUGGACGACCGCUGCCAGUCGGAGGUGAACUUGCUGGACAGCAUUUGCCAUGACAACAUCAUCAGUCUUGUAGCUUGCAUUCUGAAGGACAACUUCAUCGUGCUCGUAUACGACCACAACGAGAACGGCAGCCUCAACCAGUGGCUGCACUACCCUGAGCUGGCUGCAGAGGGGGUAUUGGACUGGCCUACGAGGCUGGCCAUUGCCAUCGGUGUCGCCAGAGGGAUUUACUACCUACACCACGGACGCAACAACCCCAUCGUGCACCACAAUAUCAACUCGUCUAGCAUCUUGCUUGACAGAGACCUCAAGCCAAAGAUCUCAGGUUUCGAUUUUGCACGGGUCAACCUUGCCGAACCUGACCAACCGGUCCCAAUCUGGGAGCUCACUGCUGGCAACAUGUUCGGGUAUACGGCUCCAGAAUAUAUGACUGCGGUGACCUCCAAGGUUGACGUGUACAGCCUCGGUGUGGUGAUGCUGGAGCUCGUCACCGGGCGGGUGGCCAACGAAGCUAUAGCAGAUGGCCACUUGGCAACCUGGGCAGGUAAACAUUGCAACCGUCUGAUGAAGAAUGUUGUUGAUUUCAGCCAUGUCAUCGACAUGGCCAUCUCAGUCCCAGAUCGAGUGCGAUACUUCAAGGAGAUGUUGGCCAUGUUCAGGCUAGGCGUGGCUUGCACCGACAAGGACCCACAGGAAAGGCCACCCAUGCAUGAGGUUCUAUCCCGCCUCCGCAACCGUGGCCAUUGAUUCAGUCCCGCCUGGUAUUUAUCAACUGUAAGACUAUUAUUGCUCGUGACUCUCCUGUGAGAGAGGAUAACAUAAUAAAUUGGCUUGUAUAUGCUCGAAUUUGGUCCGCUGUGAUUCUUACGAUGUAUCAUGUUUCAGAAAUGUUUUCCAAGAUUAACAAAGUUUUGGUUCCACA